AUGUCGGCCAAGCCCACGACCAAGCAGUUCGGGAAGUCGACCCGGGAGGUUCCCGCCUCCGCCGACCAGGCCAAGAAGUGGUAUCCCGCCGACGACGACAGCGCGCCUAAGAAGGUUCGCAAGGCUGUCCGAUCUUGGGCUCCCCGAAAGUCUCUCCAGCCCGGUACCGUCCUGAUCCUCCUCGCCGGCCGCUUCCGUGGCAAGCGUGUUGUCCUCCUCAAGAACCUCGACCAGGGUGUUCUCCUCGUCACCGGCCCCUUCAAGAUCAACGGUGUUCCUCUGCGAAGAGUCAACUCCCGAUACGUCAUCGCCACCUCAUACAAGGUCGACAUCUCCGGCCUGGACGCUGCCAAGAUCGAGGAGAUCUCUCAGCCCAAGUACUUCACCGCUGAGAAGGCCAAGGAGAAGGCCUCCGCUGAGGCUUUCUUCAAGCAGGGAGAGAAGCCCCAGAAGAAGGAGAUCAACAGCAGCCGUGCUGCCGACCAGAAGGCCGUCGACAAGGCUCUGAUUGCCAGCAUCAAGAAGGUGGAUCUGUUGGCCAGCUACCUCGCCAGCACCUUCAGCCUGCGGAAGGGUGACAAGCCCCACGAGAUGGCGUGGUAGAUUUCUUUUCUUAACGAAUGAAUAAUUAAAGAAAAUCAACUGGCAGCUGUGGGGUGGGGGAGUUACACUGGGGUGUGUUGGUCAAGAUGCGGGUUGUAGAACGGAAAAGGGUCUCCGAAAUGGGCUGGUUUGGCCAAUUGCAUUUGGAAGUCGACGGCAUCGGUCACAUCUUGGCGUCUGUAAUCAGGUUUUUACAGUCAAAAAAACAACAACGAGCAUAAAUGAUUUUUUUUCCUUCCACCCAGGGCCUUGCUGGUAAAAAGAGUCUGUGAAUGGCAACGACAGUGUAUUGACUACUCAAUUUUAAUUCCACACACAUCCCAAGAACAAAGAAAAUAAGCCUGCAAAGAAGGCCA